AUGGCGUACGAUGAAUGUAAGAAAAUAUCAGAAAUAAUUCGAAACCUACCGCCAGAAGAAGCAGUAUCAUCGAUUAGAUCAAUGCUACGAGGUAGUUUCGCGCCUCAAUUUAUUAUUGUCAGUUCUGGUUCGCCAACUCUCAGUGAACAAAAAACCGUUAGGUGUGUUCUUCCUAGCUUGGAUUCCGAGGAGCAAGAAACAAUCCGAAGUGCGUCUCCGGCCUUGAUUGCUGAAUGGCCAUUUUGUCUAUUGCCUUAUUCGAAAUAUUUUUCAGACUAUUAUGAACUGCUUGUUAAUGUUUCAGGUAGAAAGUAUUUUUCAGGGAUACUAGGAGUGACUGUUGUCAGGUAG